GCGGGGCCUACUCAGUCCCAGCCGCAGGGUGGGAGGCGGGGCCAGAGCGGAGAUUGACAAGGGGGCGUUCCGGGAAAACGUCUGCGUGGCGCCAGUUAGAGGCCGAGCCUGCGCAGUGAGAGUUCUUAUCCACAUGAGCAUGGGCUUCAUGAUCCUGGCCAUGAUCCUGUCUCUAGUCCUCCUCUUGGCCAUGGGCUUCUCCUUCCGGCCAGCGCUCCGCCGUCUUAACAAGACUGACCUCGUCUUCAGUACCCUCAGCUCCUUCACUGGGCUCCUGAUUCUCCUCAGCCUGACGCUCUUUAUAGCCAACUGCGAGAUGCUCCAACCCAGGCCACACAUAUCCUACCUGGUGACCACCUACCUGAGCUGGGGUGCCGGCGCCUUGAUGCUGUGGGCCGGAAUCCUGAGCUACUUAAACUACAUGGGCAUGUGGGGCAAAGGGACGCCCUCCAUGGAACGGCGGAUGAGCUACCGCCGGUGGGCCUCGCUGCAGAGCACCUGGAAGUCCAUAUCCGAACCGUCGUCGGAUGCAGGGUCCAAGCACACCGAAGACCUGUCUGUUUAAGAGCCUGCCCACCCCACCCCCCACCCCCCGUCCCGCCCCUCCAGCCCCGUCCAAGGCUCUCGAAGCCAACUGCACCCGAGCUUCUCAGGACACUGACGCAUAACUGCCGCCAGGUGCCGGACCACCCCUUAUACCUUGGCCUUCCGGCCCAGCGAGUCUCUCCCUGCCCCCACCCCGGAAGUCCGACGCCGGCCCCUCGCUUUCGGCGCCCGGCCCGAGCGGUGUGGCCCCGCCCCCGAGUCUGGCGAGGCCCCGCCCCCGGGUGUCCAGCUCUCACUGGCUGUGGCCCGAAGCCUCACUCCAUUAUAGGCAUUCCUACCCCUCCGAGGGCCAGCACCGGCCCAGAACGUCCAGUCUGGCCCCCCGGACCAACAUGACACUGCCCAGCGUUGUAUGUCGCCCAGCUCCUCGGCGGAACAGGCCCUACCCCGGGGGGGCGUGGCUUGCAAUUACAUUUCCACCCUCCUUCACGUUCCUGGCUUUCCCAGCCACCAAUAAAACGUGGGUUCCUUUUCUCAGAGUCCGAGCCUCCGUUUCCUGCUCUCCCUCCAAGGAAGAGUGGGGCUCAGAGUCCUUGCCUUGCCCUUUGGGGUCUGAGCUUUUCUGUCUACACCGGCCUCUGACCCUUCCUUUCCCCGCUGUUCAUAACUGCAUAUCUCCCGCCAAGAGUCCGGAAGGGCUGGGGAGGCUCUAGUCCGGGCCGGAUGGGCCG